GUGCACAGCUUUCUGUAUGUUGUUCCUGUCUGACAGAGCUCUCUCCUCAGUAAGUGUGCUCAAUUUCAAUCCUAAAUUUCUAAGUUUUAUUAAAUUUAGAAAUACUGUAAUUACUAUUAAAAUGGAAGGAUGUUAGAGUGAUAUUUAAUUCUAAACCACAUGUCCCUUUACAAAUGAUAUAUUGAGCACCAGGAAAUAGUAUAGUUUUUAAAACUAUCUUGCAUAUAAGAAAACCGAGGUAUCUAGAGAUUAUCAUUUUUUCCUUUGUGAAAGGUGAUUUCUUUAGGUACAUGGAAUGUAAUUUUAGUGGGAAAAACAGCUAGCUAGAAGUAAUCAGUAAGUGAAACUGCCUUUAAAUUCCAUCGGAUAGGCUCCUUUUUUUCUAUUCUAGAAAUGUUUGUUAUGAGCAUUUGAGCCUCUUACACUUAGGUUCUGGCAUAGGUACAAGUAGCUUGGUAUGUCAUUAACCCUUCACGUGCCUAUGCCCCACUUUGGAUGAGGAAUUUUUUGAGAAUUCAGUAUAUGGUUCUUGAUUAUUGGAACAUGGUUCCUUUGCUGUAGGUACAGGUCGUAUAACUAACUUCAAUAGGAGUUAUAUGUUUUUUGUGAAAGAGGUUGGAGUAAAUGCUGAACUAUCAUGUUUCCCCAUUACCUUCUGUGUGAUCUCAUGUCACUUUGUGCCUCGAUCAUUAUAUUCCAACCACUCUGGCUUUUUCUGAUUUUAAGCAUUCCAGAUGUUUCCACCCCAGGGUCUCAUGCUUGCUUUCCCUUUGCCAGCAGUAGUCUUCACCCAGAUCUUUUAUGGUUUCCUUUACCUAGUCAUCCUGCAGCACCUCCUGAACAUCUUAAGGAACCUUUGGUGUACAUGAGGAAAGCACAGGGAAGUUGGGAAAAAAGAAUUUUGAAGAGUUUAAAUAGUAUGUGCACUGAACUGAGUAUCCCAUUGGCACGAAAGAGGCCAGUUGGAGAACAGAAAGAACUUCUCAAUAAAUGGAAUGAAAUGGGAACUGAUGAACCAGAUUUAAGCCUUUUCCGACCGGUUUAUGCACCUAAAGAUUUUCUUGAGGUAUUAAUUAAUCUUCGCAACCCAAAUUAUGAAAAUGGUGAUUCUCUUAGUUUCAGGACUCAUUUGGGUUUAAUCCAAGUUCCUCUGAAAGUAAAAGACAUCCCCGAAUUGAAAGAAUUAUUUGUAGAACUCGGCUUAACUACAGGACAACUAGGUAUAGAUGACUCUACACAAGUGCCUCCUGAACUUUUUGAAAAUGAGCAUGUACGUAUUGGGCAAAAAGUUCUAGCAGAACAAGAUAGUGCCGCUGCUCAGCAGUAUAUCAGACAAGGAAGCCCCACAGCGCUGAGAGCUGAGCUGUGGGCUCUCAUUUUGAAUAUUUCCAAUCAACCUGAGGAUAUCUUAUAUUAUGAGCAGCUUAAGACCAAUGUGAUACAACAUGACCUUUUGGUGGACAGUCUAAUUUAUAAAGAUGUGAAGUUGACGGCAAGCAAUGAUGAUUAUUAUUUUGUAUUUGAAGAUUAUUUAUAUCAGGUUUUACUUUGUUUUUCCCGGGAUACAUCUGUGUUGGGUCACUUUGCAUACAACAGUGCUUCACCACCGAGAUCAUACAUAAGAGGAAAACUAGGAAUAGAAGAAUAUGCUGUAUUUUACCCACCAAAUGGUGUAAUCCCUUUUCAUGGAUUUUCAAUGUAUGUUGCACCACUUUGUUUUCUCUACCACGAGCCCUCCAAGUUGUAUCAGACGUUCCGUGAGAUGUAUGUGCGUUUUUUCUUCCGACUUCAUUCCAUCUCUUCUCAUCCUUCUGGUAUUGUGUCACUCUGUUUGCUCUUUGAAACUCUUCUUCAAACUUACCUCCCCCAACUCUUCUACCACCUGCGAGAAAUUGGGGCUCAGCCACUUCGCAUAUCAUUUAAAUGGAUGGUUCGAGCUUUCUCUGGAUACUUAGCUACAGAUCAGCUCUUGCUUUUGUGGGAUAGAAUCCUAGGCUAUAACUCUCUGGAAAUUCUUGCUGUCCUGGCAGCUGCCGUGUUUGCUUUCCGAGCAGUCAACCUGAUGGAGGUGACAUCACUGGCUGCAGCUGAAGCAGUUCUUGCUGACCUUUCUACUCUAAAAGUUAUGCCUCUUCUUCAAAUUUUUUUGUUUGCUACUGUCACCUGAUCUUCUCCAAGGUCACUGACAACACAUCUAGUUUUUCAUUAGCAACUAAUCAUGAACUAUGCAAACUCUGCAUAAAACCAAAAUUAAACUUCGUAUAUAAGCCAAUAAAGAUCAUGUUCCCGCCUCAGUUAAACCUAAGUUGUUUUUCACUUUUUGAAAAAAUAACUCAGCACACCAAAUAUUGCACUGCAUGCUGCUGGUUUCCAAGAGAAGCAAUAGACAACUCCUGCUGACUUGAGCGCACUAUAUAUAUAUUCCUGACCUGUAACAAGCAUGUAACAAUAUACGCAAUAAGAACUGAAGAUUCUGUAAUAAACUUGAAGAGGCAAUGCAGCUUCUGGGACAAUUCUGUUAGGUCCGUCUGUAAGUUUACCUCUAGAUAAUGUAUUAAUAGCCUUGUCUUAUAAAUUUCCCUUCUGUCAGAACCAGGGGUGGGGUAGGAUGUGGGAAGACUGAAAAAGAUAAUGCUUUUAAGUAGAAAUUCAAAUGUACUUGGGUGUUUUUAUCAGCGUCUCUCUCACCAGGGAUCUAUGUCCCUCUCUCCACUUUAUUUCUCCCUUAAUGUUUGUACUGGGGGAGGUCAAAUACAAUUGUGUCCACCUGACAGUAUUGUAUUCUUUAUUUUCUGGGGGGAAAAGUCAGAAUUAUGGCGUGAUCUGUCCAAACUUCUCAACCUCCCAAUCUCUCGGUUAGAAGACGACACUGCUGAGGCCCGUUGCCAGGUUCUGUUACUUUGGAAAUACGCCAGGAGGACACCUCAGGGUUCAAUGAAGGGAAUGAAAAGGCAAAACCUUACAGGCUUUUGCUGGCGCUUGGUUUAAUGCAGUGUACUUCCAGGGGAUAGCAGCUGGGACCAGCGGUACAUACUGGACAGUCACCUCGGAAUUGAAGACGUCAUGCAGAGCAUCAGCCUUCUUUUGGUCUUUAUUAUAAGUGAAGGGUCUUGCUGUGUAUUAUUUCUUAAAGGCCUACCAUUUCUGUAAUUUGGAAUAAUAGUGUCUGAAAAAAAAGAAGUCCAAAAACCAUUGUCUUUCGAUUUUAGGCUAAAAUUCAAGAUGCUGAUCAUUGAAACAAAACUCUAAAUCAAUAGAUUGAUACUCUGAAUGCUUAGAAUUGUAUGGAGUUUUAUCCUAAUGUGCUCAUGAGUCAUUUCUGUGUAGAGUGUAUGAAGUUUAGCAUAAUACUGCAGGUGGGGUGUAAUAUAAGUAGGCAUUCAUUGGAAAAUAUUGUGCUUUUAUUCAUCACGUACUUGUUGACUUAUUAAGGACUAAAUAAUUUAUUCAGU